UCUCAGCAGCGCUGUGAUCCAGCGAUGUCUGGGCUGCCCGAUAAGCUCCUCCUGCCUCCGGGCUGAAGUUGAGCCUCUACCACCGCCUCCCUUUCUGCCAAAUACGAAUCACGAAAGUGCUGGAAACGCUUUUUCGUCCUCACGUCUUCUCCUUAUCUGCUGAAGCCGUAGUGCGGGCUGUUAUUCCCGUCUCCACAAUGCACUCGGAGACGGUGGAGAAAGCUGGUUCGCCCAGGAAACGGGUCCUCUCUCGGGGGAUGAGCGAGGAAGAGUCGCUGCGACACAUUAUAAAAGAGGCUGAGGAGACAAACAAGCGGCUAUCACGCAGCGACAGCAGAUACGGAUCACUCAAAAGAGGAGAAACAAGAGAAAGCCAGAGUGAAGAUGACCAUGCAGAGCACCCAGAAAUGAUGGAGCUCCAGGCAAACUAUGAAGACUGCUUACAGGAACUGCAGGCCCUUGAGCUGCGGCAGGAGGUGUUGUUAUUCCAGGUGGACUGCCUCCAGGAUGCCCUCCAGGGAGCUGAGGAGAUGCUUGCUGAAACACAAAGAGAAGCUCAUGAAGCUGCCAUGGAGCUGGAGCGAGAGAGGGAGCGGAGGAAGAAGCUGGAGGACACGGUUGCAUUGCUAACGCAGGAGGUGGAGCGUUUAAAAGAGGAGAAAAACUCAGUUCCCCCUGACCCGGUCAAAAGCACAGCACAAGAAGAGAAAGAAGCUGUUGGAGCUGCUGAACAAGAUGAAAAUUCAAUUAAAGAACUGCCUGUUAGCUUAGAUGGGGUCUUGCAGUCGUCAGGCUCUGCAGGUGGACCUGCUGGAUCAUCUGGUCUACCUCUUCAAGAACAGAAAAUCAUGGGACUUCUGGCAUCCUUUUUCAAGAACAGAAGACUUGACCCCAGCUCUUUAAAACAAGCUGGUCCCAGUUGGCUCCAGGGUUCUUCAGAAGGGACUUCAGUGGACCUGGAAAAGAAGGAGGUUGGAUCUGAUGGCUUAGUGCUGGAAGGGGAAGGUAGCCAAAAAGCUCCAGAUGGUGAAGAUAAUGAUGAGAGUAGUGGCUAUGAAGAUGCCCCAUCGGAGUUCUCACCUGCUUCUACCCCAGAAGGGCCUCUAGAGGCAGGCCUGUUGGAAGAUGAAGGAGUUAAUGAAGAAGGUGAACUGAGGAACAGCAGUGAUCCCAGGAGCCCAAAAGACCCAUCAGAGUCCUGUGUUCUGUCUUAAAGAGCUCUUUCUUUUAUGAUACAUUAGAUACUGAUCAGAGACCAGUUCACAUAUCAUCUAAAUGCCUGUUUUUCAAGAAGCUACACUCUUAAAAAUGAAUGUGCUAACAAGGGUUUUUUAGAGUGAUGCCACAGAAGAACCACUUUUGGUUCUCUAAACUGCUUUUUCAGUGGAUAGAUCUUUAAAAAUGAGAUGUAAGAGUGUAAAGAACCUCCACAUAAUGUAAGGCUUCUAGUUUAAAAUGAAGGAUUUUUCCCAGAAUCAUAUAUCCAAGCCAAGAACAACGUAGGAACCUUUAUUUUUAAGAGUGUAAGACAUGUUUGUACAUUUAGCAUUACUGAAUCUACCUUUGCACAAAUGAUAAUCAAGUGAAAUUAGUUGUUUGUGGUGGAAGUUUGUAGUUUAAAUCAUUUCUGUCUGCUUUAGUGAUACACUGGUCCUGUUUUUCUGCCUUGACAGCAAAUGUGACUGUCGUCCAGUUUCUUGAUGCAAUCCCAGCAGUGCUUUGUGUUUUCUCAGGAAAGAUGUAAACUGUACUCUGCUGUUGGCCUGAGAGAUGUCUUAAUGUAGUCAGGCAAGAUAAUACUUUCUCCCUGCUUGAAACAUGCACUGUGGUUAGGUUUAUAUCUCAAGAUGUCUCAGUGUAAUUUGAGUAGAUUUUUAUCCGUGGUGUUUUGAGAACAUCUUAGACUUACUCCGCAUGAUUACAAUGUAUCUUUCCAUUGUUAAGAGCUGUUUUCUAGUUAAUGAUUACAAAAGCCUUUUAAUCUAAAAUUAGUCCAAAUAUAGCUUGGUAAAAUUAGCAAUAUAGUGCUGUGUUGCUUUACAGUAAGACAAGUCUUAAGAGUUUAUGAAUUGUUUAAAGCGCUACUAUGUAAGUUUUGGGGAUUUGGAGACCUCUCUGGUGGAAAUGUGUAACUGAACUUGUGGAAGAACGUUUUGUACUCAUUCCCUGAGUCUAUGAAUCUGAUCGAGCACAUUAGAGUAUUCAAAGAGAACUCUUGGUGAGGGACGCAUCUUACAUAGUGUGGCUUUAAAAGGAGUUUAUUAGCAGUUAUUUAUUAGAUCAUAAACACCAUAAAAAUUAAAAAGGCAACAGUGAGCUGUUCUGUCUAUUUCAAUAUGAAUAUGUGAUGAAGCUUACAAGUUGAUCUGGGGUUUAACAGUAUAGAUGAACAUGGGCUCAUUAUUUCAAUAGCAACAACUCACUUUUGCCCUUUUUGUUUAGUUGUCAGAACUGCUGUGUUCCUUUCAAUUGUACUCGUGAUUUUAUAAGUAAUAACUGUUAAUCAACUACAAACCUUUCAUGAAUCUUUUAUAGGAGUACUCUUUCUGUAAAGUGGUACUGUUGUGUUGACUGUUUAUGGCAUUUGUAGUUUUGGGACCAAAAAUCCAUUUUUUUAGCCAAGUGAAUGGUCAACAUUUCAACAAGAACACAACUUGUUGGGUUCCCGAGUGGUAGAACCUGUCUGAGCAUUGCCUUUAUUUUUGGGAGUUCACAAGUUUGAUUUUCGGUGAUGCCACAGCCAAAGAAACUGUAAUUGUCCACUCUCUGUCUCGGAGGAUUGGGCCACUCUUCUCCCAACAUCAAUUAACAUGAUGCUAGUAGCUAAUGGCUACUUUUGCCCUAGAAAAUCUUGGACACCUGAUUGCUUGAUUUUUAGUGAAUUCACUGGACAGGCAGCUGUGCUAAAAUUCUCAGUUAUCCUGUUCCAGCACUGCCUAGUGCCUGAACAUUCAACCAACAGUGCACAAAUUGUCCCUUCGCUAGGGGUAAUCUGAUCUAAUUGAUCUGAUCUGAUCUGCUGAGUGGUGUAGCACUGUGUGAUAGGGGGAAGGUGGAAUGACUAUUUUAACUACAUACAGGGAGAGAAAACUGGGUAAAACUACCCUAAAAUAAAAAAAAAAUCUUUAGCUGUUUUUUAUACCAAACUAAAUGUAUAUGUCUAAACACAUCAUGAAAGUGCAAAGUGAGUUUUGUUGCUGCUCAUUAUGAAUAGAUUGCCAUUUAUUCAUUAUUGAUUACUUGCAUACCUAUAAUGUUUACUUGCAUAUGUUACUGCAUAAAGCUGACUAGUAUUUCAAUAAAUGACUAGCAAAUCAAUAAAUUGCAGGGAAUUACAUAUCAGAAGCAUUUGGGCUGGAUAUGAUGUUAAGCAGAUAAUUAUUAUUCAAAAUGUAGUUUAAUUCUAGACGAUUGAACACAAUAGAAUAGAACAGUAAAUCCUUUGUCUGAGAAUCAACACCUUCCAAAUUUGAAACAACUUAUUAUCCGCUGUGUCCUUCAGAGCCAUGUUUGCUCUUGGUGUCAACAUGGGCUGUAUUUGCUCUGCUGAUCUGGGAGAGGCCUUGAGCUGUCUUUACAUACACAGAUAGCUGAGUUAAAAAUACAUCACCUUUAAAAAUAUUAGCUGUUUAUGUAAUGAAACUGAAUGGCUUGUACUAAUACUGCAUUCGACUUCACUGGGAAUUUGGAGCUUGGAAUUACGCCAUCUUUUGUGCGGUUGAGUGUUUUAAGCCACAAGCUUGCCAGCUAAUAUUAGUGAAAUUGCAAUUUUACAGUUUUUGUUAUAGUUUUAACUAACCACUGUGUCUGUAUGUUGAUUGCUACAUGUAAAUCAGUAGACGUGGUACUUUAUUACUGUUGACGAUGUUAGCAGCCAUGCUAAUAUGCUAAGUUGAGGUCAACUUACGGGUUGAGGACACCUUUCUGACUUUUGGAUUGGGAAUUCCCAGAUAAGGGAAGAUUUCUUUGGUUUUUCCUAGUUAUGGUUGGAAAUUCCGAGUUGCCAGCUUCAGGCGAAUGCAGCAUAAGUACAGUUAGAAGCAUACGUAUUGGGACAGAGAAGCAAAAUGAGUCAUUUUUUCUCAUUCAUGAAGAUGGUAUGUCGCAAAAGUAAAGAAUAACAGCUUUCAUUUCUAAGUAAAGUUUCUCAUGCAGGCUAAAAACUGCUGGAACAGUGUUUUCUGUGUGUAGUCGCUCAGUUUCAGGAUAAAAAUUGGGACAAGAACAUUUCAACCUAAUCAAACUUAAAGCAGUGAAGUGUUUGGUUGUGUACCCCUCAUAGAAACUGCCUCUUUAUCUUGUUUUGAGCUACUCUGCCAAGCAUUAAAGGGCCCGUAUCGUAGAAAACCAGUGUUUACUUGCUGUGUUGAAUGUUUUUGAUGUUUGAUGCAGUAUGUAAACAUUGUUAAAAUAUUGUUCACUCCUCAGUCCACACAGCCCACACAUGUCUACAUACUUGCUGAGUUGUAUUUAAAACUUUCCCGUUCCUUCCGCUGAACUGUUUGGUUUGGAGUGUCAUCUUGUUGAGUUAUGAACUAUUACCCAGUGCCUUUACAAGCCUUUUUUUGGACAUGAGAAGUGAGCCAGUUCCAGUGGGAGCCAUGCAUACUCAGCCCACAUGCGUAGGGUCAUUUGGAGUAUCUCUCUCCACAUUCUUUAGCUUUCAGGUUUCUUCACUUCAUCUGGCCAUACAACAUGUUCCAGGAUUCCUCUGGUUCAGCUUUGCAGUUCUUCACAAAUUCCCAUCUAUUCUUAGUGCUGAAGGGAGGUUGGCAUCUAGCGGCGUAUUGGCGGCAUUGUUCCUCAUGAAGUCUUCUGAAUGGUAAAUCAUGACGACAACAUUUUUUGGAUGACAACAGUUUUUUUAGAUGUGAAACUCUUCGUGGCCCUGGCUUGUAAAUCACUCACUCACUCAUGUUAAACGAGAUUUGCCACAAGGGGGAGCUACUUGCUCUCUGGUAACUAGAGUAAAAACAACCUUGUGUUAGCAGAAAUGUCUGUUGAGUGUUGCGGACACAUUUCAGGACUCAAAUUGGUUAUUGAAAUCACAAAAGCCAAAAUUGGUUCAGAAAAAAAAAUUGCAAAUGAGGUAUGACAUGCUGGUGCUUCACAUCUAUAUCAUUUUGUUUCCUUGUUUUGUCCAGGGGUGGAUUUCAUCCAGGAGGAUGUUCUUCACUGCCUAAAAUGAAUUUUCUGUUGUCAGUUGCUUUGGUUUUCCUUCAUUUGACAUUUCAGAUUGCUUAUUUCUGCAGUAGAAUAGCUGUUUUAUGUUGGAUGUGCUGCACCCAGACCCCCUCCAUGGUUUUUGGAAGCCCCACAUGUGAUUUAAUUCAGGCGCAGGUGCCUGCUUUUAUUGGCACAUAAUUAAGGCAAAAUAGGAUGCAAGUGAAUUAAAAACUUGCUUUAAAAACAAAA